UAGAGCAGGAAAACGCGUUUCCACUUUUGUCCUCUAGAUGUCCCCGUAACAAAGUCCCUCCACUCUGCUGGGUCCUGCUGGUUGUCUCUCUGUGAGCUCAGCGCGCUCUCCUUGACUGUUUACAACCUCUAUGGCGGAAGUGGCUUCAUUCUUUCCAGGUGAGUCGACUGAUUGAAGACGAGCUCCUGUGGAUCCUGGCCAUGGAUGAAGAGUUGACGCCUUUGGACUGCCUGCUGCCCUCAGGCACGCAGAGAAUCUGUCUGAUUAUUCUGAACCAGCCUCUGGAUAAGGACUACCUGCACAUCCUCUGGAGUAAAGCUCUCUUGAGGGCAUGUGCUGAUGGAGCUGCCAAUCACCUUUACGACAUCACCGCUGGAGUCAGAGACAGCUUUCUGCCCGACUAUAUCAGUGGGGAUUUUGAUUCCAUUACCGCCGAGGUCAAAGCGUUCUAUGCAGACAAGGGGUGCAAGCUGAUAGAAACAGCUGACCAGGAUCUAACCGACUACACCAAGUGCCUUGCAAUCAUGCUGGAGGAAAUUCAGAGACGACAGUUGCAGGUGGAUGCCAUAGUGACGCUGGGCGGUCUCGCUGGCAGGUUUGACCAGACCAUGGCAUCUGUUGAGACCCUCCACCACGCUCUGCCCAUGACACGACUCCCCCUGUUGAUCAUACAGGGGACCAGCCUGGCAUACCUACUCAGACCCGGCAGCCACAGACUGGAGGUGAACACAGGCCUGGAGGGGGACUGGUGCAGCCUCAUCCCAGUAGGAGGACCCUGCCAAACAAUCACCACUGGACUCAAAUGGAACCUGAAUAACCAAGUCCUGCAGUUUGGGAAGCUAGUAAGCACCUCCAACACCUACGAACCCGUCGCCCCUGGAAACCCCAGGAAGCCUGUAACCGUGACAACCGACAAGCCUCUGCUCUGGAGCAUGGGCAUCCGUGAGGAUGGGUAAUGACACAGAAGAAAUCCUUCUUCUCGGGCAGCAUUUGACUAAUCAGAACAUGUAACUACUUUGCUACGGCUGAGUUAUGGCUCACUAGUCUUAUGUUUUGCACAGCCUGAAGUAAAAUAAGAAAAAAAAAACUGAAACACGUGGCCAAAAGUCUCACUAAAAACACUGAGUGUCCUCCUGUGAUAUAAUGAUCGAGACGCGGUCAGCUCUGUAGGAAUAUUCCAAACUGACCAAAUAGAGCUGAUUACUAUUUUUAGUUUUUAUACCAGAGUGUUGAUCUUCGUCAAUGAUAUUUACAGUAUUCUUUUAACACAGAUUUUAUGCAAUACUUGGAUAUGCUUCUACACUGUGCAGGUGUAAAUUCAAGUUGGACCAUAUAGAAAUGAUGAAUAUGCACCAUAAAUACGACCAAAAUCCAAGCCUUAUUCUAUGCUAACAUCUGGUUCCCUUCAUUAAAACACAUUUUGAUAUCUUUUGAGAAGGACCGAGAUGACAGCUUGUAUGCAGGUAUCUGCUUUGUAUCACAGCCUACACUAUGUGCCUUUGACGUCAAUGCUCCACUGUCCAUUUGUAGCUACCAUAUUCAUAUCUACUAAGCAGAAAAUACUGUACACACACCCAGCUUCCAAUUCUCUGUGCCUUUUGAUGAUGACAGUACUAUAUUUCUGAAAGUCAGAAAAGGUAAAAGCCAAACUGUUGUAUACAUGCUGCAGCGAUAGCAAGGCUAUUUGUAUAGACGGGACAAAAUCAGUGUGUGGGUUUCCAUUUGUUUUAUUUACACAUCGAAAUAUAAAUGUUGUGCACAGAAUGUAAAAAUGACAUCCCUUCAGUCCCCAAUCACACCAGCCCAAUAACACUUUGCAUCGUCGUUUCCUGUCCACGGGUAUUGAAGUUUGUGUUUUUUCUUGUCCAGCAUUUAACCACCACUAGAUGGAGAAACAAGAAAGGCAGUGUUAGUGACUGGAGAAAGCUAAAUGGGAAUUUAGAUACACAAAAUACACCGAUUGUGUGCAUCAGUAUCACUUAGAUUUAGUAUUGUGCCACAACAUUCUUCCAUAAACAGAUAAUCCUACUUCUGCACUUUAGGAUACUGUAUAUUCUGACUAUUAGGAUAACAGCCUGAAUGAAUAUUAUUUGAAUGUUUUAUCCUACUGUGCACAAAAAUUAAAUCAUGAGUGCUACCAGUUUUUUUUGCCCUCGUCUUUUAUGUAGUGAAAACUAUGUAAUUAACAGUACAUAAAUAACCAAUGAUAAAUGACUAUUGUGUGGUAAAUGUAAAUAACUUUUGGUCCUUAUUUGAGUUAAUGGUAUUCUAUCAAUUAUGUAAUAAAAUUAACUUUCUCCCUGAUGCAAAAGCUAAUCCUAAUCAGACAUU